GGGCCAGGUGUAGAUGGGCCGAACAAAAAAUCAAAUGAGGAUGGGUGAUACAGAGCGAGCGGGUCAGGAUGCGCGAUCGCACAGCCCUAAUCGCCUGAUUCUUCUUCACUCUUCUUCUUCUUGAUCAACGACGAUUCCUUCAAUCGCAGAGACCUAAUCCUCCCCCUGCUACUUCGACUUGAGAUGCAAUAUUAUUUCUGGGUUCUCGCUACUUUAACUUGAGACAGACAGAGCCCUAAUCCCGCUGUUGGAAGUUCUGCGAUGCAUCGUGUGGGAAUUGCAGGCAGUGCCUCUAAUUCGGUCCGUUCUCGUAAAGAGAAGAGAAUUACAUAUGUACUGAAUGACACUGAUGACACAAAGCAUUGUGCAGGUGUAAACUGUUUGGCUGUAUUAAAGCCAUCGAAACCAGAUAACUCAAGUUACCUCUUCACAGGGAGCCGUGAUGGUACAUUAAAGCGAUGGGAAUUGAAUGAGGAGGAUGCCACAUGUUCAGCAACCUUUGAAUCUCAUGUUGACUGGGUCAAUGAUGCAGUCCUUGUAGGAGGGAAUACUCUUGUAUCUUGCUCCUCGGAUACUACCGUCAAGGCAUGGGAUUGCUUUUCUAAUGGAACUUGCACAAGAACUUUUCGUCAACACACAGAUUACGUCACUUGUCUUGCAGCAGCAGAAAGAAACGGCAAUAUUGUGGCCUCUGGCGGGCUCUGUGGUGAGGUGUUUAUUUGGGACGUUGAAGCUGCACUUGCUCCCGUCACCAAGUCCGGCGAGGCGGCUGACGAGGACCGUUCUAGCAGCACCAAUGGCUCGGGAAUUUCUAGUCUACGUACUAUUGGCUCAAGUAACAACAUUUCAAUGCAAACAAGUUUACCUCAAGGAUAUGUUCCUAUCUCUGCUAAAGGACAUAAAGAAUCUGUGUAUGCAUUAGCGAUGAAUGAUACUGGAAAUGUUCUGGUUUCUGGUGGAACAGAAAAGGCAAUACGUGUUUGGGACACACGAACUGGUUCAAAGAUGAUGAAGCUUAGAGGACAUACGGAUAAUAUUAGGGCUUUGCUUCUUGAUUCCACAGGGAGGUUCUGUUUAUCAGGGUCCUCUGAUUCUAUGAUCAGAUUAUGGGAUCUUGGGCAGCAGCGAUGUGUGCACUCAUACGCCGUUCAUACCGAUUCUGUUUGGGCACUUGCUAGUACUCCAACUUUCAGCCAUGUCUAUAGUGGCGGAAGAGAUCUUUGUUUGUAUUUAACGGACCUUGCAACAAGGGAGAGUAUAUUGCUUUGCACAGAAGAAAAUCCUAUUCAACAACUAGCAAUGCACGAUGACAGUAUUUGGGUUGCAACCACUGAUUCUUCUGUUCAUAGAUGGCCUGCUGAAGGCCGAAAUCCUCAAAAGGUGUUUCAACGAGGCGGUUCUUUCCUAGCUGGCAACCUGUCCUUUUCACGAGCACGGGCUUCCAUGGAAGGAUCUACUCCCGUUCCUGUGUAUAAAGAACCGACUUUCAGUAUUGAUGGAAUUCCGGGGAUAAUACAGUAUGAAAUUUUGAACAACAAAAGACAUGUUCUGACUAAGGAUAAUGCUGGUUCUGUGAAGCUUUGGGAGAUCACUAGAGGUGUUGUGAUUGAGAACUAUGGACAGGUUUCAUUUGAAAAGAAGAAAGAAGAACUGUUUGAGAUGGUCAGCAUCCCCUCUUGGUUCACUGUAGAUAGCAGGCUCGGAAACCUAUCUGUCCAUUUGGACACCCCGCAGUGCUUUUCUGCAGAGUUGUAUACUAUGGAUCUUAACAUCACCGAAAAACCCGAGGAUGACAAGAUUAACUUGGCACGAGAAACCCUCAAAGGACUACUGGCUCAUUGGCUAUCUAAGAAAAAGCAUAAACUCGGGUCCCACCCUUUGGCGAAUGGGGAACUGCCACCUGGCAGGGAUAUUUCUACUAGAAGUAUUACACUUUCAAAAGUAGAAGUAGACGGCACACCUGAAAACGACUCUAAAGUCUAUCCUCCAUUUGAGUUCUCAACUACUUCCCCUCCUUCAAUUAUUACCGAGGGGUCCCACAAUGGUCCAUGGAGAAAGAAAAUUACGGAAAUGGACGGGACUGAAGAUGAUAAAGAUUUUCCUUGGUGGGUUCUAGAUUGCGUUUUGCAUAACCGUUUGCCCCCACGAGAAAAUACCAAGUGUAGCUUCUAUUUACAGCCAUAUGAAGGUUCAACCACCCAAACCGUGACACAAGGGAAGCUGAGUGCACCACGUAUUCUAAGAAUACACAAGGUUGUUAAUUAUGUAUUGGAGAAGUUGGUUUUGGACAAGCCAUUGGAUAGUUUGAGUAUCGAUGGAACUUUUGCUCCCGGCGGAGGAGACGGGUCUUUUAGAUCUGGACUGAAACCGUGGCAAAAACUUAAGCCUUCUAUAGAAAUCUUAUGCAAUAAUCAGGUCUUGACACCUGACAUGAGCUUAGCUACGGUGCGAGCUUAUAUAUGGAAAAAGCCCGAGGACGUUGUUCUCAACUACAGGAUCGUUCCUGGAAGAUGAAGUCAUGUUGAGGCGAGUGAGUGUAUGCUGUUGUGCUGGAUUUUGGGAUUCUAAGAUGCUUCUUGUAUUUGACAGCAUCCACUUGGGACAGUGAUUAGUUUGUGAAGAGUUGAAGGAUUGCUAGUUUUGAUUAAAGAAAUAGCUGUUGAAUACAGAAGAGAGAGGAUCUGGUGAAAAAAAAAAAAACUUAAUUGGAUGUUUAAUACUUGCAAAUAAUACAAUGUCAACCAGAUAAGUUUGUGUUUUGUAUACCUUAUUCAAGUCUCCCAUUGGAUUCUUAUAUUUUUGUAACUAAUCUAAACUUUAGAAGAUGAUGAUGACUAAUUAAUCUUUGUUUUGAGCAUUC